AUGUCAGCACUUGAUGUACUGGUAGAUGUAAUAGAAACGAUUCAUCAAGCUGAGAGAUCACUGGGGCCGGGUGAAGUUCCAAGUAGUGCAGUUUUCAAACAUGUACGAACAUUAUGGCAGCUACUACUAGGGAUACGUGAAUCGAUUUUUGAUUCCCACAAUUACGAGUUAUUUGAGCUACAUUUUAAAGAUACAGAAAAGAUAUUCACCGGGUUUAGAUACUUUGGGUCAGACAAGGACUCUGUGGCCUUGAAUUUGCACAAUGGAGUAGGAUCAACACAAGAAUCUAGUAAAAUUGUGGAUCUCCUUGAAGAAGCAAGUGAUGAAGGUAGCGAGACUUCAAUUAGUUUCAAGUUGUCAAUUCUGAAUAAAGUACGGUACAUUCUUUUCUGUCAUGCCGUAAGAUUAAAGGAGAUACUUGAUGAAACCAAGUUGCUCAGAGCUAUCGAAUCUUACAUGAGAAAUGAUAUUCUAAACACAUCUAAUCAAAUUUCUGUGACGUUAGAAACUAAUAACCCGACAUUUGAUUCGUGUUACAAAUUAUGUUUGGAGGAAUCACUUCUUCAACCGUUAGAAAUUUCUAUUGCUGAGCUUUCACAGAGGACGCUAGAGACCUUUAAAUUGUCAUCGGAUACCGCAUUUUUUUUCGACUGUGAUUUGCUAUUUCGAUUUCAUAAUGAAAUGGUUGGCUUGUUGAAGCAUGUUUUUAGGGAACAUGAUUACAUAAACAUAGAAAUAGAUGAUUAUUUCCGACAUAACCCUAUCUUACCGAUUUUAAAGCCCAUAUACCGAAAGUUGGAAAUCAGGGAUAUUCACGAGGAAACGCAAGAUCGACUAAGUCAAUCAGAUGCGUUUAAAGAAGAGGAAAGGGCGCCGCUUAUAACUGACCAAAUACUAGUUCAGACAUUAAAGGAUAUUUCCUCACUUAGUGUGGACAGUUCUAAACUGAAAGUUCCGUUGGAUGUAUUCUCUCAAAUAAUAAGAAUUUAUUGUAACCUUAUUACAAAGGAUGGAAUAGAUUCAGAAGAUGAUACUUUUGUUUUUGCUUUAAAGAAAUGCAUUUUUCAGUGGACAGAAAACCUUAUAAAUGAUGAGGAAUUUAUCAAGCAAAUAUCCGAACUAUCCCUAAUACCCUUUGCUGCGCAAUAUAAGUAUGGUGAUGAUAUAUUACCGAAUCUUAAUAUGAGAAUGGCUGUGUUUUUAGUGGGCCAGAAUUUACGUUUAAGAGAAUUGUACUUUUCCAGGUGGAAAAAUAACACAGCAAGGAAUGAGCUAUUCACCGAAAAAUUAAAUCAGUGGAAAGAACGAAUGUUAGGCAAGGUUUUAGAGCGCUGGAAGUGCAAGGCUAACACUAUUAUAAAUUUGGCAUAUAUUGAUACCGCUGAAUUAGAUGUUUUGAGGAUUAGAUCUGCUUUCAUAAAGUUGGUAGAAAAAUAUCAGCUAUUCCAAAAUAAUCACCAAAAGGCCGAAACCGUCUUCAUAAGGAAAUACUUUAGAACUUGGAAGUUAAAGCUACGUCAAUGUGCCAGAGAAAAACAAGAUGCAGAUGAGUUUUACAGAAAAAAUACAUUGAAACUAUAUAUGAGCCUAUGGGUUUCUGCUAAAGCUAAUAAUUUUUCCAAAACAACCGUUGAGUUUCAGUUCUUUCAGAAAAAAAUAUAUUUCAAUUUCUGGUGUGGUCUUAUGGGGACCCAGAAUAAAAUGUACAAAACAGCCGAGCGUACUUAUGAUGCAACAUUGUUGAGAUAUGGAUUUUUGAGAUGGAAAGAACGUUCGAAGAAACCGCUGUUAAAGCUGAACACCCUAGAGACAUUGGCUAAAAAAUACUGUUUGCAAAAGUAUUUUGACAAGAUGAAACUAGUCCAAAAGUUGGCUCAAUUAGAGUCGCAGGUUGUUCUAUAUACUGAAAGAGAAAUAACUAGAAGAUAUUUUCAAAGAUGGCACAAGUUCAAGUUACUCACGGAUUCCGAGAAUAUGCUAUACCAACUGAAUCGGCAUAAUAUCAUGAAAGCAUUUUUUUGUCAAUGGAGUGCAACACAUAAAAUGACAGAUAACGCCCGUCAGUUCUAUAGAAAAAAUAGCAUGUCCUCAGCUUUUAAAAUAUGGAAACUUGAACUUACAAAGAGAAGGGUGGAGUGUUUUCAUGACGCCACGCAAUUGAAGAAAGUACUUGAUGUUUGGAAAUUAAAGCUGCAAGAAAAUAAAUACAACAAACGGAAAUCUUAUGUUUUAAUGCGUGGUGCAUUCCUAAAAUGGUUUGGAAAAUCAUCAAGUAUCAAAGAGAGAUUAGAAGAUUGUGAAUCUGCUUUUCAGAUAAUCCGUCUGACAACUUAUUUUGGUUUUUGGCAGAAACAGAAAAAGCAGAACAUAAAAUUGAACAAUAUAGCAACCUCAUACAAUAGCGAAAGGAAUGAGAGAAAAGACCGAUUUCUGAAAAUUUGGGCACUGGAGAAGAUGAAGCUAAGAUUGCGAAAUUGCAGAACACGUGAUAAGCAGCUUAAACAUAGAGAAGGUUCUUUCAAAAAGAAUAUUUUACAGUUUCAUUUCAACAGGUGGAAAAACAAAAAUUUGGAUUACCAGUACAUCGGAAGAAGGGCAGAUGAGUUAUAUUACAGCACCAUUAUCUCUCGAUAUUUUGAAAUAUGGCUACACAGAUCAGACCAAGUUCUAUCACUGGAUGAUAAGUUACAAGAAACCCUAGAGAAUAAUAAGUUUCAGAGAAUGAUGGAAGUUUUCACCAAGAUGAGAUUAAGACUUAUGAAAUCUCAAUCAGAUGAAGCUAAUGCUAUGAGGUUUAAGGAGCGUUGGGAUAGGAUGCGGCUAAAAGCACAUUUAGACAUUUGGAAACUAAAGAAGUCUAAGAGAACAUCUCCUACACCAACUGCACGGGGUCGUCGUGUGCAUUCAACCAAUGAGAAGUUGCAGCUCGAUUUAAUCCCUGAGCUUAAUCCCUACUAUGUUUCUACGGCAAAAGGAAAUGGCUCGCCAAUACUGAAACCACCAAUUCCUUCUCGAAUGGAAUCUAUACUUACUAGGCGGGAUUCGCAGUAUGAGAUAAGUGGUUCUGCUUUCAGAAUGAACCAAGAGCUUCAAACACCAACUAAUGAUAGCUACAAAGGCUCGUCUUUGUCUUUCAGAACUCCCGGCCUGCGCCGAAAUAAUAGUCGGAUACUAACAUCUUCAAAGUUAUCGCCAAGUAAAAACAAUGUAUCAACGGCAUCAACUGAUCGGAUUCGGAUGAAAAAUGCCGAGGAAAGAAUGAAUAGAUACAGUUUGUUGAGAUCACCACCGAGAACGAUACCAUUGCAACGAGUUGAUGAGCAAGAACACAACACUAUAGAUAGGGAUGGUGACGACGGUAAUAUCUUUAAGGAUGAAGGUGUUUUCGACACAACAACAGAAACAAUGAUAGACGGUAGUACUCCUAUAAGUGAAAGAGCACUACGAACCAGGACAUAA